AUUCCAUGAAACCAAUGGCUGCGACACUUGCACCAAUAACAAUAUUGACUUUAGUUUUCCUUCGAGGGACCGAUAGCAUACAACAGAUGGGGAGAUCCCUGGCCACAGCUGUAACCAGUCCAACUGUGAUGACUGAGUGCGGUCUAGUCAAGGGGAGUCUGAACCGCCUGUAAACCAGAACCGGUGGAAGGCCCCAGCACCCCUCAGCAACGUCACGGGCACCUGCUGGUCGGGAACCUAUGACGCGACUACAUUCGGGGCACAGUGUGUGCAGCCAUUUAGCUUUGAUAAUUACAACCAAUCGCUUGGAAGUGAAGACUGUCUAUAUCUCAACGUCUGGUCGCCAUCUUUAGACGUAAGUGACAGCCUGCCUGUCAUGGUGUGGUUCCACGGCGGCAAUCUCGUGUUUGGUAAUGGUAGUAUAAGUGGGUACUCGCCGAAUCCAGAGCUAGCCAAGGAUUUACAAUUUGUGUUCGUCAGCAUGAACUUUCGACUCGGACCAUUGGGGUUUAUGACCCUUGACCUCCUCAGCAAGGCAUCCGACACGGGGACAUCUGGGAACUACGGUUUCAUGGACCAGAUUCAGGUCUUGAAGUGGAUUCAGUCUAAUAUCAGGAAUUUUGGGGGUGACCCAAACAAGGUUACCCUGUUUGGCCACAGCUCCGGUGGCACCAGUGUCUUCGGUCUUUUAGCUUCCCUCCCAGCAAAAGGACUGUUCCAUCGCGCAUGGGUAAUGAGUGCUUCCGCCAUCCUGAACAAGACGUCAUCAGAGGCGUCACGUGAUAAUCUAGAAGUCCUGAAGACUUCCGGAUGCACAGACAUUCAGUGCCUCCUAGGUCUAAGCGUUGAAGAUGUGAUGCAGGCUAGCCCUUGGACAGUCUACCCGACGUGGGCUAUGACGGACAAUACAGACCUCCCCUCUAGAAGGGUGUUUGAUGGUGCUCUGGCUGUUGUUGAUGGUCACGUGAUCCCCAUCGCACCUCUAACGGCCUGGGAGAAAGGCCAGGGGAACGAUGUCCCCGUCAUCUUCAGUACCACUGGUCAAGAAGUGGACAGGUGGACAACGCCGGACAUAGCCUCGUGGACAUGGGACCAGUACAGGUCAGCCAUCAGACGAAAACUCGCCUCGUUUGGGAGUCAGAUCCCAGACAGAUUGUUGGAGCUCUACCCUGAAUCACAUAAUACCACACCAGAGCUCCAAUACUCGGAGAUGACCUCGGACCUGCGUGUCACGUGUCCAAUUGACGUAGUAGCCGAUGUUGCCGACAGCUAUUUCAAGUCGUUGACCUACAGAUGUGUGGUCACGCAGUGGCCCUCUCAGCGUGUCCCAGGCCACGGUAGAUAUUCCUAUCACGGAUGGGACUCCACAGCUUUUUUCGGAACAAUAGAUAAAUUGAUCCCCAAACCUUCCCAGUCUGACCUGGACUUAACUGCCAACUUACGUCGAGAAAUAUCCGCCUUUGUAAAGACCGGUGAACCAGCCUCCACGACGUGGAAACCGACGAAGAUCAGCACAGCCCUGCUGGGGUCGACAACGACGGUGACUAACUUCUACCACCGAGACCAGUGCACCUUCCUGCUCCGGAACGGCUUCUUCUCCUACGCCUGGAUCAACUGAACACCAAGGUCAAGGCUGUGACAAUCCAAUAUAAUGAUUGAUCAUGUCUCCUUGAUAACUAAUCAUUGACCUACGCCUUGACUUACAUUCGGACCACAGCAUGGCAAAAUACACGACUCUUUAUACAACCCUUGGGACAACGGACGCCUUGGCUCACACGUGGACCACAGCAUGGCAAAAUACAUGACUCUCAAUACAACCCUUCGGACAACUUCUCUGGACAUGACAAAUUUAGAGUUUCGGGAUUCCCUUUCCGUUCCAUUGGUAGAAUAAAUUGCUCUGUCAA